CAUACAGUUGACAGGUAUGCUCCAGUACGUGGUAAGGCUGUCUACGGAGCUGGAGGCCAAGUUCCUGUCAGUGGAGAGACUACAGGAGUACAUCGAGGGUUGUGUCUCUGAGGCGCCCAGGAGAGUUAAAGACGCCCUCAUCCCAGAGGGUUGGCCUCAUAAAGGGGCCAUCUCCUUUAAGGACUAUACGAUGAGGUACAGAGCGAACACUCCCAUCGUGCUCGAUGGACUCCAGCUCAACAUCCAGCCCAGGGAGAAGCUGGGCAUCGUGGGGAGGACAGGCUCUGGGAAGUCUUCUUUAGGAGUGGCACUGUUCCGCCUGGUGGAACCAGCUGCAGGGACUAUCUUCAUAGAUGGGGUGGACACCAGCGCUAUCGGCCUGGAGGACCUCCGCAGCAAACUAUCAGUCAUCCCCCAGGACCCUGUCCUAUUCAUCGGCACUGUCAGGUAUAAUCUGGAUCCUUUCAACAACUAUAGUGACGAGGACAUCUGGUCUGCUCUGGAUAAGACCUUCAUGAAACACACAAUCUCCAGUCUCCCUGAGAAGCUGCAGUCGGAGGUCGUGGAGAACGGGGAGAACUUCUCUGUAGGAGAGAGACAGCUGAUGUGUAUGGCCAGAGCACUGCUACGAAACUCGAAGAUCAUCUUGUUGGACGAGGCGACGGCGUCGAUCGACUCAGAGACGGACUCUCUGAUCCAGCACACCAUCAGAGACGCGUUCCAGGACUGUACCAUGCUGACUAUCGCUCACCGCAUUAACACUGUCCUGGAGUCAGAUCGUAUACUGGUCAUGGACGCCGGAAGGGUGGUUGAGUGUGACAGUCCAGAGGUCCUGAUGCAGAGACCAGAUUCUCAGUUUGCAGCUCUCCUGACUGCAGCCAACACCGUCAACACAUGAGCCUGGACACACCCCCAUCUGUAGUCUGGACACCCCCCCAUCUGUAGUCUGGACACACCCCCAUCUCUAGUCUGGACACACCUCCAUCUGUAGUCUGGACACACCUCCAUCUGCAGUCUGGACACACCCCCAUGAGUCUGGUCACACCUCCAUCUGCAGUCUGUACACACCCCCUUGAGUCUGGACACACCUCCAUCUGCAGUCUGGACACACCUCCAUCUGCAGUCUGGUCACACCCCCUUGAGUCUGGACACACAUCCAUAUGCAGUCUGGACACACAUCCAUCUGCAGUCUGGACACACAUCCAUCUGCAGUCUGGUCACACCUCCAUCUGCAGUCGGGACACACAUCCAUCUGCAGUCUGAUCACACAUCCAUCUGCAGUCUGGACACACAUCCAUCUGCAGUCUGGUCACACCUCCAUCUGCAGUCUGGACACACAUCCAUCUGCAGUCUGGUCACACAUCCAUCUGCAGUCUGGACACACAUCCAUCUGCAGUCUGGACACACCUCCAUCUGCAGUCUGGACACACCUCCAUCUGCAGUCUGGUGACACCUCCAUCUGCAGUCUGGUGACACCUCCAUCUGCAGUCUGGACACACAUCCAUCUGCAGUCUGGACACACAUCCAUCUGCAGUCUGGUGACACCUCCAUCUGCAGUCGGGACACACUUCCAUCUGCAGUCUGGUGACACUUCCAUCUGUAGUCUGGACACACCUCCAUCUGCAGUCUGGUGACACCUCCAUCUGCAGUCUGGUGACACCUCCAUCUGCAGUCGGGACACACUUCCAUCUGCAGUCUGGUGACACCUCCAUCUGUAGUCUGGACACACAUCCAUCUGCAGUCUGGUCACACAUCCAUCUGCAGUCUGGUGACACCUCCAUCUGCAGUCGGGACACACUUAUAUCUGCAGUCUGGUGACACCUCCAUCUGUAGUCUGGACACACAUCCAUCUGCAGUCUGAUGACACCUCCAUCUGCAGUCGGGACACACUUCCAUCUGCAGUCUGGUGACACCUCCAUCUGUAGUCUGGACACACCUCCAUCUGCAGUCUGGACACACCUCCAUCUGCAGUCUGGACACACCUCCAUCUGCAGUCUGGACACACUCCCAUCUGUAGUCUGGACACACCUCCAUCUGCAGUCUGGACACACCCCCAUGAGUCUGGACACACCCCCAUGAGUCUAGACACCUCCAUCUGCAGUCUGGACACACCCCCAUGAGUCUGGUCACAUCUCCAUCUGCAGUCUGGUCACACCUCCAUCUGCAGUCUGGACACACCCCCAUGAGUCUGGUCACACCUCCAUCUGCAGUCUGGACACACCCCCAUGAGUCUGGUCACACCUCCAUCUGCAGUAACACCAUUAUGAAA